AUGCUGAAUUUCAAUGAGCCGACAAGGACUGAUGAUCCGCAAUGGAAGGUUUGUACCCUUCAACUUUUAUCCUUCCUUCAUCCCGCAGAUUCUCAUAUACGAUCGCGUUGGCCAGGAUAUCAUAGCCCCCCUGUUCACUGUCAAGGAGCUGCGUACCCUAGGCGUGACUUUACAUAUGCUAUUGGAUACCAAACGAGAGGCCAUACCAGAUGUACCCGCCGUAUACUUCAUCUAUCCCUCUCAGGAGAACAUCAGGCGCGUCUGUAAGGUGCGGGGCUUUUUCUGGUCGUUUAUUAUUCUUUAUAGGAUUUCGAGUCGGAUCUCUACGACUCAUAUUACCUCAACUUUAUUAGUCCGAUUCCUCGUGAACAACUCGAGAUAUUGGCUGAAAAUGCUCUCGCUGAGGAUUGUAUUUCCCGUAUCAAAAAGGUAUACGAUCAGUACGCCAAAUUCGUCUGUUUGGAGGACGACCUUUUCGUGCUUACUGAAGAGUCUCGUAAUGUUCAAGACGGGACUUUCUACAGUGAGUUUCUUCAAUCCUCUCCAUUGCUUUCGACUGUAAUGACCUUAAUAACAUCCACUACUGUCUCUUCUUGUCACAUCUAUUCUUUCGACAAGUAG